AUGGGAGCUGCGGCGCCGCGCAAAUGGACGAGGCGGCGGCAAAAGAAGAACCAUGGCGCAACAAAGGAUCAAAACCUGUCCAUAUACAAACUCCGUCUCGACUUAUCCAGGCCUGUCUCACGACCGGUCAUCUCCCUUCUCGACAAAUGGAUCCCGAUAAUAGCCGCUCUCAACAUAAAAGCUUUCAAACUCAACUUUCUUUCAUAUACUCAGUCGUAUUACAACCUGCCCUCGGCAGUCUUCUUAGCCGAGUUCCUCGAAGAACUACACCUGAGCAAAUGCAGGCUGAGCCCGGUCGAGAGCGUGCGGUUUGAAAGUUUGCGCACGCUCACCCUCGAACAGGUCCAAGUUGAUGGCAGCACUUUCGAGACGAAAAUGUUGGGCUGCCCUUUGCUCAGGCGCCUUAACCUUUAUAGUUGUUGGGAUUUAAGAAACGUUAGAGUGAGCGAGGAGGCAUCGCCUGGGCUCAAGCAGUUUGAUUUGUGUGAUUUCAAGAGGAUCGAAGGGCGUGGAAUUGAAAUCGAUGUUCCAUAUCUCGAGACAGUCUUUAUCUCGGGCCCAUGGAUUUGGUCUCACCGCCAAAGCACAUUCUUGUUCUCUCGUCUAACUAGAUUGGAUCUCUAUAGUGUGAUCCUGUUGAGUGAGUCGUUCGACCUGUUACCGUUCGGCUGCCCGACUCUUGCGAGCUUAACCCUACAAGAUUGCUCCGGCUUCGAGGAAAUCCAUCUUGCAAGUGAUUCGGUCAAGUUCUUGCGCAUCUCGGCAAGAAAUAUACCGCUUAAAGGAGUUACGAUUUGUGCCCCCAACAUUCUCUGUUUUGCGUUCAGUGCCGGUAUUCUCCAGAUCCCGUUUCGACGUCAAUUGGUGGUUCCUCUCGGGUGGGGGGGCGUCAAUUGGUGGUUCCUUCAACUGAGACGACUGCUCAAGGCACUAAGUGGGUCUCAGAUUUCUCUAUAUCUGUGGAUGGACGGCGUCCCUCAGGAAGUGCCUUGUAGUGUUGUUCUCGGUGACGAGCCGCCUGUGGUGGUGUGGGACUUGAUUGCCACUUGUAAAUGUCGCACGACAUCUUGGUAUUUGGAGUUUACGAACGGCUUGUUUCGUGUUUGUCAACCGAAUCGCGUAUGGGGUGGUACCCUUGUUAGCGGGUCGGACAGGAACUACAGGCUCUCGGAGUUUCAGUUAAACAUGUUGCUUGCAAACAAGAAUGUCAGGACCGAUCCCUACUUUUGGCGGCACGAUUUGGAGCAAGUUCAUGUCGAUGGCCAGCUCGUGCAGUUGACAGACCAGUCGGAAUUGCGAACCAGGACGCAUGACGGAGUAAUAUGGCUUCAUUUGAAAUGGAGAGCUCAGAAAAGAGCAUAA